AUGAGGGCUCAGUCGAUGGACGGAUCACAAUCGAGCCCUCUUUGGUUCAUGAUCCACCACAUGUUCCUCCCACCCAAACUGCCCAGUGAAGAUGACUCCAGUCCAGAUCAUGAGAAAGCAUUGCUGGACACCACGAUCGCCGCACUUCGGGAGUUCAAAGAUUUGGCGAUAGAGGACAGCAAUGGUGCAGUUGACUCGGUCAUUCGCAUGGUCACCAGCUUGAGUGCAGUCCUCGAUUCGGAUGGCCACGUCAACGAAGGGAAAUUGUCUGAUGCCUUGAGAGACUUACCCGAGAAAGGUGGCACUUUGCUCCUCCAUAUACGGGCCCAGAAUGCUGGCGUCAUGGUCGGUCAGGUGGGCCGUUCCAUCCACGUGGAAGUGUUUGAGCUGUCACCCCUGAAUGGACCGGUCAUCACCACUAAGGGCCGUCUCCAACGCGCCUUUCCCGGUUCCGCCGUGGCACUGACGAUCGACGCGUUCGCGCAACCAAGUUUCCAGGCGACCGUGGCGCACACGCUUGCGAAGAUGAGCCAUCAGCUGGUGGUGGACACCAAACCGAAAGCGAGGAAGGCAGGCCGCAUGCACGACGAAAAUCGUGAUACCACCCAUCCCAAAAUGGUGACCGAGUUGUUCAUGGGGUUCCUAGGCCCAGUCGGGACACCUAUGGACGUUUCCCGCCUAUCAAAGAAUACCCGUGAAGAAGUCUUAUGGCUUGAUGCGUUGUUGCCAUGGCGAAGGUCACCCGUCUGGAUACUUCUUCGCGUCGCCAUGCACAUGGGCUUCUCGAGAUCGGCCAGCGACGGAGAUCUGCCGGCGGGCUAUUACAAGACUUUCAUGUCGUUCCUGAUGGCAAAGGUGCUAGAAUUGUCGCUCCAGUCCGAAAUGCCCUGUGAUCUGCUGUACAUCAUGAAUGCCAAGCUCAACCGCCGUCUCAUCAAGCUCCAUCCAUCCGCUUCGAGAGCCGGAAUCACGGUCGUUGAAAGCGUCAUGAGCAGGACCGCCGCAUAUCUUUGUGGCAGGUGGAAGAGAGCCAUUCGGCAGGCCUCGCUCCGCCGGGAUCUGUCAGUCCUCGAAAACCUGGAUUUCAAGCAGGACGUCUCUGCUCCUCUUCGCGGCUUGGCUGGAUUUGUCAACUCCCUGUCCGAGGGAGCACAUCGGACCGCCACCAACCCCUACCGCCCUACCUCGAUGCUGGUCAAAUACCAGGCCGACGCCCUUCCGACUAUUCCGUCCGCCUUCGAAGAGUAUACGGUGUAUAACCUCAAAGCCUUCGAAGAAUGGGUGGCGUCGUGCCUGCCACAAUGGCUGGAACACCACCGGGGCGAUGCCGACACGUGCGGAAAGUUAGGUGCCUUGAUCGUAUCGUACUACCGAACAGCGUCACCCCUAUAUACUGGCAACCCCGAGAGCUUCUCCACACUGCUACUAACCAUCAUCGAGCUCUGGAUUGCCUGCGAUCAGUCUGCCGUGCAUUUGUGCAAGUUUCUCAAGGACUACGAUCCAGGCGUUCCGCCUGAAGUGGCCCAGGGCUUACUCCUACCCUUCAAGUGCCAGAUGCAACGACUGCUCCGUGCGGAAGACUAUCUCAAGAACCGUCAACGAGUCGCACACCACGCGUCUCCAUCUAUCUUCCGGGACUAUGGUCAGUCGGAUUGUUUUGCCGUGAGAUAUUUCAAUCAAUCCUCCGAACAUCAGCGCCUUCGAGACGAUAUUGUUCUCAGUGCCACUUGGACCAGAGACGCCAAAGUGCAAGAACUGAACCGAAAAAAGGAGGAAUACUGCUCACUCAUGCAACGUCACGAUUGCAGUGUUUGCGAGUAUCAGGAAGUCGUGGUCGAUCAUUAUUAUGACAUCCGAGAGUCACGCCAUAGCGACCAUUGCGUAAGGUGCGGCUACAAAUCUCAAGCGGACAGACUUACCAUUGACAUUCACGAGUGGCCAUUGCCACAAAAGGACCUGGAAGCGAAAUCGGCCGUCUUCGAGCUGAGGGUGCCUCCAUUUUUUGGUCAAUGGCGCGACACAGCUCUGUUUCUACAUGUGCAAGUUUUCCAAGUCAAAUCUCCAUCCGCCAUUAGGCCCCAGGCAAAUCAUCCUUUAGAGAGCUAUAGCGGCCUUUCUUCCUUCUUUGUACCCCACAGCCCGGAACGGCGUCUCAAUCUUCUGUCUGAAAGCAAACCACAUGCCGUCACCCAUCGGCGCCGCAAGUCCAUCAACAUUACCACCCAAAGCGAUGUAUGCCUCAGCAAUGGACUACAGUAUCGGUAUUUCGACGGCGCAACGGGCACUUUCAUCGACAGCUUCGAGACAACGGACGUUGUCGCCGACUUGUUGACCUACUCCUUUCCGGCCUCCUCAUCGCCGCUCCGGCAAUUUCUCUUUCGUCCAAGCACCGCCCCCAGUGGCCCGUCGCCGAACACCGUCAUCGCAAGCCAGUCUGACUGUCCCGCGCACAUGUCUCUGGAUGAGUACAAGGCACUGUGUAUCAUUCCACUAGGGUAUCGCAUUCAGUGGCACAAUAUUCUGUUGCAGCUCGCUGUCCCCUCGGUAGAUUUCGGAAAAGACGAAACUAGUCUCGUGGUCCUUCAAUCGAUCUACCAAGCUGGACCUCCGCAAGACGGCGAUGUCUUAAGAGCCGGUCACGAGGUCCUAAGGGAUCCGAAUUUUGCGACCGCUCUCUUACGAGGCAUCGAGGAGAGCCUAGAGCGUGUCCGGGAGAAUUGGGAAUCUUCCCAAGCAGUCGCCACGUUCAUCUCCGUGUUGGUUCGACUGUUGUCCCUGACCGGCACGGAGGAUAUCAAGACUCGGUGCCGGUCCUAUCUGCGUGCUGUUCGGACAAUGACUUUUGGCUGGGUCAACCUUCUGAUUGACAAGGCGUACAAAGCGACUGAUGACUCCCACCGAGCAGAGCUACUUUUUCAUGCCGCUCAGAUCGCUUUAGUCUGUACCGAAACCUUCGACGUCGACGAGAGGUCCCUAGCAGGAAUACUGAGUUUGCCUGAAGACGGAUCCGUCUUUUUGCAAUGCUGCAUGCUCAUCCGGAAUAGCGCUUCCGCCAUUUCCGGAGCUACGGAUCCUCUGACCCCUAUCCUGUAUCAGCGAUGGAGGUCGCUGUGCUACCGGAGUUACACUGUUCUGGCGGCACAAAUUCUCGGCGCUCAAAGUCGAUGCCUGGACGAGGCCAUAGGGCAGACCUGGGUGUCAUAUAAGGCCGGUGAUGGGUGGCGUCCUGUCUCGGACACAUUCGACCAUUGGCUGUUCAAUACGCUGUCCUCCCAGGGCGGUGAAAGGCCAGUCGUGGUCCAUUACAACCUCUUGACUGGCGAAUUCCUGGUCGAUGGACUCCCCUUGGCCCGCCUACCUUCGGAGUUUAUGGAGCUCCCGGUGUAUCGCACGCUGUUUGGCCAAUCAGAUCUAGAAGUUAUGCCGAGUACUCUGCCUGGUAUGCAAUUCUCUGUGAAACAUGAUCAUGCUGGGUACGCAGUUCACCUCGACAUUCGACCCACCUUGGAUGCACUCCAUCCCAACCGCAAAGAUCUUCGGGUUCGAGCGGUGAAAGAUGGCCGAACCUACGAUCUGGUUCCAUCUUGGAUUUUACAGGGAGAAUUCCCCGUGCACUUCACCGCAGAUUUUGUUCAUUGGUACGAUACCCAGGAUGACUAUGUCGAAUGCCGCCCCGUCGGUGACCCUUGGAACUCCUCGCCAGACAACUGGAGGUUGAUCCGCGACCCAGGUCAGGAUCGGUGGCAUAUGGUGAAGGGUGGUCUCUCCUUAAUCAGCCUCAGCAGUCAGACUUCCAAAGUGAUUGGUGGUAUUCUUUCUCGAUUGGAGACUCCUGAACACGUGCACAUUGUCCGACAGUGCUCUUUGUCGACACUGGAGAUCGAGCUUCCCCGGCUCUCGCUGGCGUUUUCCCUUGAAUCAGGAACAUCACUCCUUGAGUCAAAACAGUUCCGUGGACUGGCUGUCGACACAGACCAGUCCCUUGAGACGCUGGUCGGUUUGCAAAGCAAGCUGAUAUUGAAGAACAUGGUGACUGGACGACGCUUGUUAGUCGUACCGACGGGCCAUUUGUCGUGCCAAAGGGCCGGUGACCACGUUCGUAUCAUUAUCCACCACGAAGCAGCGGCGAAAGCCCACGCCUACCCGGUGGACGAUCAGCUCGGAAGAUUACUGGACAAUGGAACCUUACAGAGCAAGCUGUGGCUAUGUUAUCUCCACGCCCUCACGUCCUUUUGCCUGGUCGACCCCUUGAUCAAGAGGACAGGAACCGAGCAGGCUCUCUUUAUUCUCUCCUCCGCUGCGGUCAGAUCGUUCGACCGCCUACACCGAGAGAAUAUUGAUGUCCUCCGUCGGAUCGCUCUAUUGACCCCAGGGAGAAGCUACUACCCUGCCCAUGAACGAGUGAUGCAGAUAGUGAAGUGGACACCAGAACUUAGUUUUCUCGCUCAACACGGAGGUCUAUACAAGGGCGUUCAGCGCAUCUUCGACCAAGCUGAGAGGACAAAAGUUUUCUACCCAGGGUCCUACGUGGAGCCACCAGCUCUCGACCACGUCCAGCCGGACCUUCUCGACCGCGACCGCAUCCGGUCAUCCACGUUCGACGUGUCAGGGUUCGGGGCGGAAGAUCACACUGUCACAUGUGAUUCGAUAUACUCAGCUAGGGAUCGGGGUCAAAAUUCGUCGCAAGGGUCCAACGCCUUUCUUAUGUCGACUUUCGCGUUCCAAGCACGUUCCACCGUUCACUAUCGCUUUUCAACUGGUUGGAGCACCCGAGUAUGGCACUUUCUGUCGCAAGCCGAGCCAAUUCUUGGUCUGGACUAUCCACUACCCUCCGAAUUGAGAUACGACGCUGGGUGGCUUCAAGAUUGGGCCAAGGUCGUCGCCAAACACUGGUGUACCCUUCACCAGUUAUUGAGUAGCGCAGAACCCCGCUUCGACAGAUUUCGCCUGAUGAUCUGGCUUAGCACCCUAGUAUUCGCUAAAAACUGUGAUAUCGAGAUUAUCCAAAGUCUGGGAGCAUUCUUCGUGCUUUCCAGGAUGACACAGCUUUCCCCUCCUGCGGCCACUUCCUUCCGGCUUUCAGAGGGGUCGAGAUUGCUCAACAAAAAGUUGCGUUCUGCUCUCAGGCCUGCGCUUCGGCCAUUUUCUGAAUGCCCGGAGUCAUGUAUCGCUCGUGGUCCUAACGAAUCUAAACGUGCCUUGAAGCAGCGUCAGGAAAGCCAGUUUCAGAGCAAUCAAGAUCGUUCGCUCAACCGGCUGAUGCGAGCACUAGAAAUCCAGUGGCCAGUCGACAGACCGGUCUGGCAGAAUGACGCCGAGGUCCGCACCUACAUGAACAUGAACAAAGUUAAGCAAAUUGCGCAGCCCCUGUUCAGCACUUGGUAUGACAAUUACCAACUACAGGAGUAUCUCAGUCAAGUUGAAGAUGUUCUUCAGGACGUCAGUGUGACACCGGUGGAUAUACACCGACCAUCUUUGGCCAGUCCCGCCAUGACCCUCGUGAAAGGACGAACCUUCAUCUCCAUUGACGAUAUUUUCACUGCUCCACCACCCUCAAUGCAUUCCUGGAAGUACCCCGUGUUGCCUAAGAAUUUGUUGUCACUGGUGAAUGUCGGUGAAGCACAGCCUCGACUGCCUUCCCUGCUCGAUGACCUCCAGUCUCUUGCGUGCUCGAGCUCCGAAGUGGGCUACGUCAAUGAUCUGCGAGGGAGCCUGCUUUCAUUCCAAAAUUGGCACAAGCAGUAUCAGUUGCCGUCGGACACGGAAGGCAUGAAGAGCACGUUCCACGGUCAUCUCGCUCGCUGCAACGCCGGCGUCCAAGAAAUCUAUGCCAACAUGUCGUCUGCCGUGAGUAGAGAACUUCCCGCGGUGGUGGAAAUCGGUCAGUGGCCAAGAAUAUGUCCAAUGUUCUUCCUACACCAGCUCAGUCGCCAUCGAUGGUCAAAGGUCACGGAAGACUGGAGGUGUUGCAUUAUCCGAUAUGCAUUGGGCCUCACUGAACUGCAACGAGCAGAGCGACUUGUGAACCUGGUUGACAGCAGAGUGGAUCUCAUCAAGGAGCUACGUGACCCUGGGCACACGAAUUGGGAUCCCAUGGAGCAUCCGGAAUGCCUCCUCCUGGAGGUUGAGAGUGGCAUCUUGAUCCGGUACCUACAGAAAGAAAUUGCAAGCCAGAUGAAGGACGUCGUUGAGAAUGCCACGAUGCAGUUGAACAUGGGCGAGGGAAAGUCUUCGGUGAUCAUCCCCAUCGUGGCCGCCGCACUCGCGGACGGGACUCGAUUGGUCCGAACUAUCACGGCGAAACCUCAAGCGAAGCAGAUGUCCCAGAUGCUGAUCUCCAAGCUAGGAGGCUUAGUAGAUCGACGCGUCUAUUAUAUGCCUUUCUCGCGUUCCCUUCGACUUGAACACGCGGACGCGGUUAUGAUCGGAGAUAUGUGCCGGGAAUGCAUGGAAAAUGGAGGCGUUCUCCUGGUACAACCCGAGCAUCUUCUGUCUUUCAAGCUGAUGGGCCUCGAGUGUUUCAUCACCGACAAAGACACCAUCGGACGUUCUCUGUUACACAUACAGGAGUUCUUCGUCGCCUCGAGUCGGGACAUUGUGGACGAGAGUGACGACAACUUCAGCGACAAACUUGACCUGGUCUAUACCAUGGGCGAGCAACGGCCCAUCGAGCUCAGCCCACAGCGGUGGACGUGCAUCCAGCAAGUGCUCGAAUUAGUAAAAAUGUUCGCGCCGGAAGUGGUGCGGGAAAAUCCUGCCUCGAUGGAGAUGGACGCAGGUCCGCCUGGAAGCUUCCCCCGAACACGAAUUCUGGAUGACGAUGGCCAACAGCGGCUCUUCACUCGCGUUGCGAGGCGUCUCUGCGAGGUCGGUCUGGAGGGGUUCCCCAUUGCCCGACAGCUAAUGCCCAUCAGGGAGGCGGUGUUUCGAUACCUCACCGAGCCCUCUCUCAAGCGACACGAAAUCGACCAAGUCGAAAGCCAGGGCCUGGGCGGAUUUUGGACCGAGGCAACGAAACAAACUCUCCUUCUCCUCCGUGGACUCCUGGCCAGAGGGAUCAUGCCUUUCGCCUUCCGCCAGAAACGCUGGCGGGUGCAGUAUGGGCUUGACGCAAGCAGGCGACCCCCAACGAAGCUUGCAGUACCCUACCGGGCGAAGGACAGUCCUACGUUACGAUCGGAGUUCAGCCACCCUGACGUUGUCAUCGUCCUGACAUGUCUCAGUCACUACUACGGUGGAAUAGAUGACGACGACUUAUUUUUGGCCUUUGAGAACCUCCUUAAGUCCGACCAGGGUGGGAUUGAAUACCAAGAGUGGGUGAAGGACGUCCCCCAUCUGCCUCCAGCAUUUCGUCAGUUGACCGGCAUCAAUCUUAAGGAUCGCCACCUGUGCGUCGAGCAGUUGUUCCCUCCCUUCCGCCAUGCCAAGAAGGCCAUCGAUUAUUUCUUGACGCACCUCGUCUUUCCGAAGGAGAUGAGAGAAUUCCCGCAUAAAUUAUCCGUGUCAGGGUGGGACAUUGGCCAGACCAAGGCGCUUCCCACCAGUGGCUUCAGCGGGACGAGUGAUUCUCGAAUGACUCUGCCCCUCAGCGUCGCGCACCUCGAUCUUCCAGAGCAAAAACAUACCAAUGCCCUGGUUCUGGAGCAUCUCCUCCGACCCGAAAACUCCGUCGUGCUUAUGCCAGCUCCAGUGGAGACGUGCAACUCAACCGCUGAAAGCCUUUUGAACUUGGUGGCCGGGAUGGACCCACCGGCGCAAGUGAUUCUGGAUGUCGGCGCCCAGAUCCUGGAAUUGACUAAUGGGGAGGUGGCGAGAGAAUGGCUCAAGAGAACGCGGGACGAUCAACAAGCCCAAGCCGUGGUUUUCUUCAACGAGGACGAUGAGCUUUCUGUCAUCGACCGUAAUGGGCAAAUUGAGCGCCUUCAAACCUCACCUUUUGCCGAUCAGCUGGAUGUGUGUCUCGUCUUCUUGGACGAGGCCCAUACAAGAGGAACAGACUUAAAAUUGCCCGCGUACUACAAGGCUGCCGUGACCCUAGGUGCUAAUUUGACGAAGGAUCGAUUGGUUCAAGCAUGUAUGAGAAUGAGAAAACUGGGCCAGGGACAGUCGGUCGUCUUUUGUGUUCCGAAAGAGAUUGAAAGACAAUUCCUUUCGCAAAAAAAGGCUCCUGAGUCUACGGACAUCGGCGUGCCUGAUGUACUCUGUUGGGCCAUCACCGAAACCUGGGCCGAUACGCGACGGAGUAUACCUCUAUGGGCUCUACAAGGACGGCGUUUUGAGCACCAACGGCAACUUUGGGCUACUGCCGGGACUGAAGAGGAGGUAAUGUCCAGACGCCACGCCGAAAGAUUUCUGGAGGAAGAAGCCCAGACUCUGGAAGACAGAUACCGCCCCAGUAUCGCCAAUGACACUCCAGCCUUUAUGCAGGCCAAUCAUAAUAUAAAUCUACGACGCAUUGAAGACCGUUGCCGGGAGUUCCACACGCUUGAACACAGUACCGCAACACUACGGGAGGAACAAGAACGUGAAUUGUCACCAGAGAUUGUGCAAGAGCGUGAGGUGCAGAGACCAGCGCCAGCAGAACCCGCGCUGCAUCGCAUACAUGCUGAUGUGAAGGCGUUCGUGAUGAAUGGAGCUAUCAAGAACCGUUCAAACGCCUUCAAGCCUGCCUUCGAGACACUACGCCAGACCAGCGCAGCUUCACAUCUUGAUCUGUCGCAGUUUCCCUGCGGUAUUCUCACCACGGUCGACUUCGCCAGCACGGUUCAAAGCUUGGGCCAAUCCUCCCUCCUCGACUCUUACCAACGGCCUGUACAGUGGAUCCUAACUAGUAUCGGGGACGGCAGGGACAACAACAUCAAACACGUGGUCAUCAUCAGCCCCUACGAAGCGCAAAUGCUCCUGACAGAUAUUCGAAGUUCCACAAGAGUGACGCUGCACCUCUACGCUCCAAGGCCGAACUUAGGGAUCCGGCCAAUCGAUGGGUUGGACUUGUAUCGUGUUACGGCGAUGCUGACGCCGUCGACCUUGUCACGCCAAUAUGUCUACCAACUGAAUUUGUUUGCGGGACAGCUCUACCUAGACUCUUUCCAGGAGUACGUUGAGGUUUGUACCUUGCUCGGCGUCGCGUCGGAAGCUGCCAAAGAAGGAAGCACCAUCGCCGCCGACGGUUUCAUUAUACGAGACUGCAAUGGCCAGGUUCAUUCUGCAUCGACCUUUCGGGACAGUCCGGUUUCGUGCCUUCGAGUGCUCAUGACGAAGAUUCGCAAGAAUUGCGAGGAAAUAGGUAAAACUCACAUGGGCGCGAUAUUGGGUGGUCGACUCCUCUCUCCUUCUGAUUUCGGCACAUGA